AAAUGUCGAGUGUUUCUUUAGUUGUUAAUAUAUAUAACCUUGGAUUUCAACAUUUAUCUAGAUAUGUUUCUACUUCUUCUCACUCUCUUCAAUUCAAUCUACAGUUUACCAGAGAGCAAGUACUUUGUAAUGAAUAUGGGGGGAUCACCCUAUCUUAUAAAAGGGGUUCUGAAUGAGAGUUUAAAUGGCACUACGGAUAAGGGGGGUGGAGAAGGUUUUGAAGAUAUUCCGAUAUUGAAUAAAACACAAGAAAAACAUAACGAAACAGCGGAAAGAUACAACAACACUAAAAAUAUGAUUGAAGACUUUACAAAUAUGAUGGAAACUCCAAAAGAUGCCCAGGUUAUACAGAAGGAAGUAAAAAAGAAUGAAAAUAAAACAGAAAUAACAGAGGAACCUAAAACAGGAGAAGACUAUAUGUCUAUAACAGAAAUAGACAAAGCUGUAGACGCUUUGGAUGAGCUAGAAACAAACCCAAAAGUAGAUGAAAUAACGCGUAUUACAGAAAAGAAAAGCAAAAGUGUGGAUUUAAAUGACCUUAAAGAUGAAACUGCAAAUAAAACUGUAUCUGGAUCUGAAGAUGAUAUAGGUGAAUCUGAAGAUGAAUCGAAAGAUAAUUCUAAAGAUGAAUCUGGAGUUGGAUCUGAAGAUGAAUCAGAAGAUAAAUCUCCGGAUGAAUCUACAGAUAUAUCUGAAGUUGAAUCUGAUGAUGAAUCUGAAGAUAAUUCUGAAGAUGAUUCUGAAGAUGAAUCUCCAGACGAAUCUGCAGAUGACUCAAUAGAUGAAUCUACAGAUGAAUCUACAGAUAAAUCUACAGAUGAAUCUACAGAUGAAUCUACAGAUGAAUCUACAGAUGAAUCUGCAGAUGAAUCUGAAAAUGAAACGAAUCCACAAAUAGGAGCCGACUAUUCUUUGACUGAAGAGGAAGAGGAGGAUGACAAACCCAAGCAGAAGGAAGACGAUGAAAAAACAGAUUCUGAGAGUGAAGAAGCUGCUAAAGUUGAUGAGUUAGCAAAUCUGUUAACAAAUGUAGUGACAAAUCUUAAACAAACAGAAUAAAACUGACAAAAUUCAAA